AUGGGUCUCAAAUUCCGUUUCAGCUCGAAGGCAAGGAGGAGUAGUCCCCAGACUGCCGGUUCAGGCCGGGAAUACACCUCCUUUUACAUGCAGACGAGCCCUGAGCGCUCGGUGGAAGACCUCCUGGGCAUGUACGGCGAGUUUAUGCUCGAGCAUUCGACUCUCGGUAACUUCCUCAUGGACGAAGAUGACGACGAUGACUACAAUCCCGCAACAGGAUCGUCCGGGCAUCUUCCAGCGGUCGAUGCUGAGUUUUCCGAUGUCGAUUUAGAGAGCCCGCAAUCCGUCAAUGGGUGGGCUUAUAACCUGCUGCGCGGGUAUGAGGACAUCUAUCCGAUGACGCCAACGGCGGACCCAGUAGCCAGCUUCACGAACGACGUCCAGAGCUUGGGCUUCGACGUCAUGCCUAGGAACUUGGACGUCAUGUUUGACGCGGAGGACCCUGAUUUGGGUGCGAGUGAGCAAACUCAUGGGGACCCUGGAGCUGCAUUCGCCGUCGCACCUGCCCUUGUUGCUGCCCAGCCGGAGCGUAUCGGAGCUGAAGACGAGGUGGACUGCUCUGAACCCACCUGCAUUUCCCUUCCAGGACGCCCUACCGAAGUGACCGUUGCUCGUGAGAACGAUACUUCUGCCGUCGAACACUUCUCCGGCGUCUCCAUGGAGCAGGCCUCCAGAGAGCAUGAAUCUCAUACUCACGUACAUGCAGACUCGGGAUCGGGGACGUCCCAGGAAAUUCAGUCGCCCACGUCUCAAGUGUACUUCCGCCCACUCAGCAAGGAUCAGUGUGUCAACGCGCAGGACGUCCAGUGGUGGGAUCCUGCGACGCGGGAUCUCCUGAUUGAGAUUUAUGAAGGGGCCAGCUCAAUCCGCACUGUUCCAUUGUCCACUGCCCCCAAUCCCGGACUGACUGUCGACACUGGCGUUCAGAAUCCCUUCCUUGGAAUGUCGGCACUCCUUUGGCGCCGUGUGCUGCGGGACGCUGUCGCCCUCGCUCGCCAGAAUGAAUAUAAUGAGUCUUCGUUCUUCGGCCAAAUGGUCGAAGCGGACGUAAGUUAUGCGUCCCUGACUCGGCUGAUUGCGGGACAGAAAGACGCCCCAGAUGCCCUUGACCGGGCGGAAGAGGGAGAGGACAAAUUUCAGAACUUUGGAGAUUCGAAUGUCGAUCUGGAAAAUCUCCCAUCGGAAUACCUGCUUGCACUGCUUCACCCGAUCAUCCUUGUGGAAGACCAUCACCCACACAUUUCCACAAGGAGGAAUCUCUUGGCAUCGAUGACGACUUAUUGUAGACUUAUCGCCCAUCCCACGCACCAAGUCGAUGAAGGGUUUUUGUGGGUUGAUGCCCCAAGUAUGUCUCUUCAGAGAGCGAGGUCGCCGAUUUCCUCAACGGUUUUCUCGACCGUAUCAAGGGUGGAUCGUUUCGUGCAUUCGACCACCUCCUGGAUGGUAGUGAUUUGCGCUGUGAAUGCCCUCCAAGGAGUAGUGCCGGAUUCCCGCGCUCUUUCUGAUAGCAGCGGCGCCACGGACGUGCAAGGCCUGUACGACAAUAGUGCUCAUGAAUCGAACUGCAUUUCGGGAGCCGGUUCAACUGACCUAAUUUUGCUGAGUCUAAUUGCCUAG